AUGGACUCAACCAAUACUGAAAUACGGAGGAAAAGGAAUAGAGAAAAUUUGCUGCAGCCAUUGAUACCGACCAGUGUACUAGAUCAAGCUUCACAAAGGCUUUUCGUUGUGUCAGUAUUCAUUCUAAUACAGAGUUGGAAAAUCUAUGAUUUAGUACUACUAAAAUCAGAAAUCCCAGCAACGGGAGAAGUGUUGACACUGUUGAGCAAUUUUACUUUUGUAUUGAAGUAUAGUGUAUUGGAUGGGUUAUUUUUAUGGCUUUUGCCAGUUUUGAAUAUUCAGUACUUAUCAUUUGCGCCUUUAAAGACAUUAUUGCUUACGAUAAUACUAUAUGGAUUCUCAAUUUUCUUAGUAAGUUCUAUGGCAUUACCCUUACUUGCCAAUGUAUUUUUACCAGUUUGGAGGUUUUUGUUGCAAGAAAAGGAAUUGAACAUCAUUGGUGAAUCAAUUGAUAGAAGCCAAAUAUUAGACAUGGAUUCACAUUUCAAAGGUCAAUUGACAAUUCACUAUUUACCAGACUCCUCAGCAAAAAUGAACCCGUUCCAUUUUGAUCAGACAUGUCUCGGCUUGAACAACAAUAAUAUUAUCAACAUGCCCAUUGAGUUCAACACCACAUCGGGUAUUGGAUAUUUGCAAAUACAACACACUACCCCUGACAACGAAAUCCAAUAUUUGAAUUAUACUGGGUAUUCACUUCGAAAGCUCUUUAAACAAGACUAUGCCCACUUGUCUCGAUAUAAAGAUUAUAAAAAAUCCGAUAAAAGAAUUUUCUACUUGGAAUACCCGAUAACAAAGGCAGGAAUAUACAGGAUCAAAAACGUUUUAGAUAAUAAAGGAAACAGCAUUCGUACAUACAAGUCAGAAUUUGUAAUUUCAGAUUGUCCCCUGGCAAGGUUUUUUUAUCCUCCAAACUUUGAAAGCUCAAAUAGGUUCAAAUGUGUCACCACUUUAGAAGACGAAAGUUUCCCCUUGCCAUGGAUAGAAGUGUUCAGUACUACUCCGUCGUCUGUGAAACUUAACGUAAAAGUCAAUGGUAAAGAAUUCCGAAUGAUGAAUCUAACAAUAGGACAAGAAACAGAUCAUAAAAUAUCCAGAACCGAUUUCAGCUGGCUCAAAACUGUUAGAUUAGUGCGUAAUUCGUUACAAGAGAAAAUUUUAGAUUCCAAGAAUUCUUUGAAGUGGAACGAUCAAAGCGUUUUGGAAUUCCAAUUGUUGCAAGUUAAAGAUUCUUUUGGUAAUGUGCAUCGUUAUGAGCCACUUUCAAAAGAUAAAGAUGUGUGGUAUAAACUUGAGCUCAGAAAAUCACCGUCCAUUGGAAUUUACGAUAAAGAGACAAACCAAGAGUUAUUAGUGGGUGGACAAAAGGUACUACACUUUUCUAAUUUAGAAAACUUUAAUGAAGAAGAUUUCCCUAUUGACGUUGAAGUGAAGUAUAUCGGCGAGCAAGAACAAAAUCUAACUCGUACGUUCAAGACUAAAGCUGACUUGCGUAAUGGGUUUGCAAUAACCAGACCAGGUAAAUAUGUGUUGUCCAGUGCCAGAGACAAGUAUUGUCCAUGUGAAACAGACAAAACACCAGUUGACAUUGAGUUGGCAUCAAUCCCAUCGUUGGAUAUUGUUGCUGAUCCCGUCUCCGAUAGAUGUCUUGGUACGGUUGGGUACAACUUUGAUUUCAAUUUCACUGAAGGUAGACCUCCGUUUAGAGUGCAAUAUCAAAUUUAUUCCAAUAUAUCAGGCAUUCUUAAACCAGUUUACUCGGAUACUGGUAGACUUAACCGAGAACUAAAGUCAUUUGAAAAGUCUCAUUCAUUUAAAUUCAAGCCUCCCAGUGAAGGUAGUUACACUAUUGUAUUUACCAAUUUAAAAGAUGCAAACUAUUUCAAAGACCCUAUAGCAUUGGAUGAAAAUGAGUAUUCGUAUCUGACUUAUUUCAGACAAUUGUCACAAGUGGGAUUCCAAGUUCAGCAACGAAUAAUUCACACAUGCUAUGGGCACACAACAAAAGUUCCUAUUUUUUUCAACGGGAACGGACCGUUUUCCUUUGAGUAUGAUUUUUUGGAUGUCAGCUCCAAAAAGAAGUUGGUCGAUACUGUAAAAGUUAGCAAUGUUGAAAGUUAUGCAAUUGACACACCAAGGGAAUUGAUUGGUAAAACAUACGACUUGAAGUUAAGCAAUGCGAAGGAUAGGUUUGGCUGUAAUGCUAUAAUAGUUGAUGCAAACUCUCCGGUAAGGGUUGUUAGUAGACUGGAUAUUCCAGAAAUCGAGUUUAGUCAAACUGGGCAGAAAUUGCAAGUUGUUGAAGGGUCCUACGUUGAUGUACCAUUGAAGAUAAAAUCUAAAGUUACCGUUAACGGGAAUGAUAAGAUUGAAGUCAAAUAUUUGAAGCCAACAUCCAAAGAACCUUCUAUCAUACGGGCUCAGAUGGUCGAUUCCUCGAUCAGAUUAUCAGAAGAGGGGACGUAUUGGUUACAUUCUUUUGAGAGUAAUGGCUGUGCUGGACGUAUAGGCAAGGCAGACCAAUUUAUCACAAUUAAUUAUUAUGCCAAACCAUCAAUGGAGAUUUUUGCUAGUAAUGAAAUGUUACAACAUACAGAUGAUUCAACAAUUCAUUUGAAACCGGUAUGUAACGGAUGCUCCAAUGAAAUUACCUUGAAGUUAACUGGUGAAGCACCAUUUGUGGUCGAUUACGAAAUAAAAUUACCCAGUGGAAAAUUGGAGAUGCAUUCAAUGAAUAUCGAAACUCGCGAUAUCACCAUCAAAUUACCAACUAAGUCCAACGGGAGAUUCGAGCAUCAAUUCAAACGUGUUUAUGAUCGUUUAUACACAAAAACCAGAGGGAAAACAACUAGUUUACACGUUCCCAAAGUAAUUUAUGAUAUUAACCCAUUACCAACUGCACAAUUCGUACCCGAUGAUCAUUUUACUCAGGUAUGUGAGAAUAAAUUAUCUGAGGACUCAAUUAUUGCCCAUAUCCCUAUUCAAUUUAGUGGAGCAUAUCCAUUUGAUGUUUUGUUGACAUUGACGAAUGAAAAGACAGGAAAGAUGCAUGAUAUCAGGUAUCGAAAUGUGGCUGAUAGUUAUAUCACUUUGAAAACUCUUAACAUUCUUGGGUUGGGCGACUAUUCCUUGAAGUUUGCCAAAGUAUCCGAUGCCAAUGGUUGUACAACACACCAUUUCAAAACAAAUGACAGAUAUCUUGUAUCCAUAACCGAACCUCCUACUAUUUAUAAGGCGGAUCCAGCAAGAAAGCAUUAUUGUGUAGGAGAUCACGUUGCUUACAAUUUGACAGGGGUGUUCCCAAUCACUAUUUUCUACGAGUAUAAUGACAAGGUGAGAAGAGCAGAGCUGUACAGUCGUUUUGAGAGAUUAGCGUCACGUCCCGGUGUUUUAAGUAUUCACGGAUUGAAGGAUUCUGGAAUCAAUUCGUGUGCUGUGAAUUACACAUUUGACACAACCAAACUGGAUGAGUUGAGAUUAGAGGUGCACGAGAUUCCUACUGUUGAAGUGAAUAAAGGCGAUUAUUUGAUAGAAGACCUUCACGAGGGUGACCAAACAGAGUUGAUAUUUACAUUUCUUGGUGAGCCACCAUUCCAACUUACUUAUAUUCGUACAAUCGAUAUCAAAAAGGGCAAAAAGACACUUCGGAAGUUGGUUGAAAAGGAAACGAUAAAGGAUAUAUGGCAACAUGAAUUGGUAGUAAUGGCAAGUCUCGAAGGUACUUAUGAAGCAAUUGAGAUAAAAGAUAAGUAUUGUCGGGCUGUCAAGAAAGUUGACUAUAUAGAGUGA